AUGAAAAAAUGGAUACUUCUGAUAAUACCCACAUUGAGCAAGCAGAUCAACAACCGUUGGACCAAUCUCCUCAACAACAACAACAACAACAACAACAACAACAAGCUGUUUCUGCUGAUUCUUCAACAAAAUCAGCGCAAAUUGGCUCGAGGUUGCAAAAUGCCAAAGAAAGGCAAAACAGACAGAAAUAUGAGCAAUCGUAGUGAGUAUGUUCCCAUGCUAGACGAACAAGGUAACCCCAUCCCCAAAUCGGAACGUAAACCAAAACGUAAAUGUGCAGUAAUGCUAGGCUACUGUGGUACUGGUUAUAACGGACUCCAAAUCCAAAAUGAACCCGGGGUAAAGACAAUUGAAAAAGACUUGUACGAGGCAUUUUAUAAAGCUGGCGCCAUAUCCUUGGAGAAUUCUCUUGAUUUGAAAAAAUCGGGUUUCCAAAGAACAGCAAGGACGGAUAAAGGUGUCCAUGCUGCUGGUAAUGUCGUUUCAUUGAAAUUGAUUAUUGAAGAUCCUCAAUUGAAGGACAAGAUUAAUUCUUAUUUACCGGAUCAGAUUAGGAUAUGGGGUAUUCAACGCACAACAAAGGGGUUUGAUUGUCGUAAAAUGUGUUCUUCGAGAGUAUAUGAGUAUUUGUUGCCUACUUAUUGUUUGAUUAGUCCAAAGCCGGGUACACAAUUGGACGAAUUGAUCAAGGAAAAUAAAUCCAAGUAUCCUGAUUUAUUUGUUGAUGAUGAUGGUGAAAGUCAACAAUUUUGGCAAUUGAUGAAGGAGAAAGUGAGUGAGGCUGGAAUUACUCAAGAUCAAUUGGAUGCAAUUGCGCAAAUGAAUGAACAAGAAGCUAAAGGAACCAACAACACAACCAACCCAGAUUCAACGCCUCAAGAAAAAACCAACCUUGAAGAGGAAUCCACUAAUACAUCUCAAGAUGUGCCACUUUUCCGUAUUGCCAAACAAGUUAAACAGAUUGAAAAUGCCACACGUCGUGCUUACAGAAUCUCCCAGCACCGUUUGAAACGAUUCACAUCAACAAUGCAACAAUAUAAAGGCACCCACAAUUUCCACAAUUUCACCAUUGGCAAGUCCUAUAAAGAUACAUCUUCCAAAAGAUAUAUCAUCGACACUACGGUCCUGAGCCCAUUUGUAAUCAAUAAUACCGAAUGGAUAUCGAUAAAAUUACACGGUCAAUCAUUUAUGUUGCACCAAAUUCGUAAAAUGAUAUGUAUGGCGACAUUAGCCAUUCGAUGCGAUUUACCACUGGAUAUGAUUGCCGAUUGUUUCCAACCAACCAAGAUCAAUAUCCCCAAGGCACCAGCAUUGGGGUUGUUGUUGGAAAACCCCGUUUUUGACGCUUACAACUUCAAAUUACGUGAUCAUGCUUAUGAUGCGAUUGAUUUUGACAAGUUCAAAAACGAGAUGCUUGACUUUAAAAUGAAGUUUAUUUAUGAUAAGAUUUAUGAUGAGGAGGUUAAAGAGAAUGUGUAUUAUGGGUUUUUUGGGUAUAUUGAUAGUUAUCGUGUUCCUAGCACUGAGAUUGAAGAAGGCGACGAUGGUACAGCAGCAAAGAACAAUGGCAGUGCUACUGGCAAUGGUUCGGUUACAAUUUUCGACUUUUUGCACAACUAUAUCGACAAAGCAGCCAAAGAAGAACCAAAAGGAGAAGUAAUAUAG